CGCCUGAGGACACACUCGUAAUUGCGCCCUGCACAGUGCCUACGAGUGAGCCACCACAGUGCGCCAGAGCCCACGCCCUACUGUUUUAAAUCCCCUGCCGCCGCUCACCUCCGCCGUCCCCCCCCCCCUCCCCUUCCGUUCCCCACGAACCCGCACCGCCGAAUCCACCGGCCCCGCCGCUCCCCACCCACCCAUUCCGCGAUUCUCCCACCGGAAACGGCGGGGAGCGCCAUGGCGUACAUGUGCGCGGACAGCGGCAACCUCAUGGCCAUCGCGCAGCAGGUGAUCCAGCAGCAGCAGCAGCAGCAGCAACAGCAGCACCAGAGGCACCAUCACCACCACCACCUGCCACCGCCGCCGAUGCAGCUCCCGCCGCGCCAGGCGCCGCCGAUGCCGCCGGCCCCGGCGCCCCCGCACGGCCAGAUCCCUGCGGCCGCGCUGCCGUACGCCGGCGGCGCGUGGGCCCACUCGGAACACUUCUUCUCCGACACGUUCGUCGGGGCGUCCGCGGCCGACGCGGUGUUCUCGGACCUCGCCGCCGCCGCGGACUUCGACUCCGAUGUGUGGAUGGACAGCCUCAUAGGGGACCCGCCGUUCGCGGACUCCGACCUCGACCGCCUCAUCUUCACCACCCCGCCGCCGCCCAUCCCAGUCUCCGCCCCGGCUGCGGCCCCCGUCGACGUGGCGGGCCAGCCCGAGGCCGCAGCUCCGGCGCCGCUUCCCCAGCCUGCCGCCGUGGUCGCGCCGGCAGCGUGUUCCUCCCCGAGCUCCCUGGACGCGUCCUGCUCCGAGCCCGUCCUCCAGUCCCUCCUCUCCUGCUCCCGUACCGCCGCCGCUGACCCGGCGCUUGCUGCCGUGGAGCUCGUGAAGGUGCGCGCCGCCGCCUCCGACGAUGGGGAUCCCGCGGAGCGCGUGGCGUUCUACUUCGCGGACGCGCUCGCCCGCCGCCUCGCGUGCGGAGCCGGGGCGCAACCCUCGACGACGGCGUCGGACGCGCGGUUCGUCUCCGACGAGCUCACGCUUUGUUACAAAACGCUCAAUGACGCCUGCCCCUACUCCAAGUUCGCGCACCUGACCGCCAACCAGGCCAUCCUGGAGGCCACGGGCACGGCGACCAAGAUCCAUAUCGUUGACUUCGGGAUCGUGCAGGGUAUCCAAUGGGCGGCGCUGCUUCAGGCACUGGCCACUCGCCCCGAGGGGAAGCCAUCCCGGGUACGUAUCUCCGGUGUACCCUCACCGUACUUGGGGCCGAAGCCUGCGGCCUCCCUCGCUGCAACCAGUGCCCGUCUCCGCGACUUCGCCAAGCUUCUCGGGGUGGACUUCGAGUUUCUCCCAUUGCUGCGGCCAGUGGACGAGCUGGAUCGGUCGGAUUUCUCUGUUGAGCCUGAUGAGGCCGUGGCAGUAAAUUUCAUGCUCCAGCUGUACCACCUUCUUGGCGACUCUGAUGAGCGGGUGCGGCGAGUCCUCCGGCUCGCCAAAUCGCUUCGUCCAUCAGUAGUUACCCUCGGGGAGUAUGAGGUUAGUCUGAACCGAGCUGGGUUCGUCGACCGGUUUGCCAAUGCACUGUGCUAUUACAAGCCAGUGUUUGAGUCAUUGGAUGUGGCGAUGGCACGGGACUCGUCGGAAAGGGUGAGAGUGGAGCGAUGUAUGUUUGGGGAGCGCAUUCGGAGGGCUGUUGGACCAGAGGAAGGCGCGGAGAGGACUGAUAGGAUGGCAGCUAGCAGGGAGUGGCAGACGCUGAUGGAGUGGUGCGGCUUUGAGCCCGUCAAGCUCAGCAACUACGCCAGGAGCCAGGCUGAAUUUUUGCUGUGGAACUACGAUGCAAAGUACAAGUAUUCACUUGUUGAGCUGCCACCAGCAUUCUUGUCCCUGGCAUGGGAGAAGCGGCCGCUGCUCACCGUGUCUGCUUGGCGGUGAGUCCUUUUUGGUCACUUGGCAUUGUUGUAUGUAGCAUUGUCAUAGAAUCAGGGAAGAAAUGAUUUAGAAUUGGUUUUGCAUUGUAUUAGCUUUCUCCCAAGAUGAUGACAAUGACUAGAUGGUAUAAUUGGGGAAUUUAGUUUACUUGUUUGAUGUUUGUUCUACUACACGAUGAGUAGCUAGAGCAAAUUUAGUGCUAAUUGUAUAGAAAUUUAAAGCAGGUGGAGUAGAUUGCUUGCUCAUGUGAUUUUCUGGUGACACGCUUGUGUAUAUGAAUUGGGGAAACCAUAUUAGCACCUCCAUCCUCACCUAUGUAGCACCGAUACGGAUAGGCGUAUCAGUAUUGGCCCGAUACGGAUAUGUGGAUAUGUCAAAUUUCUGCAAAACUUAAAGGCACAAAGGUGUAUCGGAGUAUCGGAUACGGAUACGCGGAUACGUAUCGGAUACGUGAUACGGGGUCAUGUUGAAGUAUCGGGGUUACAGAGAUCCUCGCAAUUAGUUAGCUUGUAGUGGUAAAACUAAUUAUAACCAAUGUUCAUUUGAACUAUCAUUGCACCUCCGGUUCUCAUGUAUUUGGUUGUAGCAGUAGUGUACUGUUGAAAACGAAAUUCUGUUCAGUUGUCCCUUCAAAUAAACUUCUGUUCAGUUGGCAGCACGGCUGAUUUCCCAACCUAGCUAGUCCAGUUAUUUCAUUUGUUAUAUAAAAUUCUGUUCAGUUGUCCCUUCAAAUAAACUUCUGUCCAUUUAUUUCAUUAAUCAUGUCGGCUACCUUGAGAUUGUUAUAUAAACCUUGCAAACCUCCCAGAUCAUUUGUUUCCUUGAUCGUGUGUGUUUUAUUUGUAUAGGUUCACCUUUUCCUGUGUGUUUCAUUUGUAUAGGUUCACCUUUUUCCGUCUUAGUCCCUUGUCUAUUCAGUGCAACAAAUUUCUGGCAGGACCCCUUUGUCUAUUCACUGUAAUAAUUUCCAUCUUUCAGUUUCAAGGUAGUGUUAGAUCAUGUCCUCAGUUCUUAUAUGUGUAGCUGUUUCUGCUUUAUUUGAAUUUAAGCAUUUCUUCAAUCUGUCUCUCAGCGUGAUAAAUUUCAGGCAGGACCCCUUAGUCUAUUCAACAGUGUAAUAAUUUCCAUCUUGCAGUUUUUGAUGCCUCAACCCUUCAAGUGCAAGCUGUAGUAUCUGAACUCACGCACAAACUCACACCACCACACUCCCGCACACACACUGUGCAUAAGCUAGACCUACAACCUAUACCUAGGAAACUUAACGUGGCUGAGAGGUAUUCGAAGUCGACACCAGGCUUCGAACGUAACGGGCAAGUCACCCUAACCAUUGUGGCGCAUCCACGCGUGAGGCAACAGCUACAGUACCUGCAGGAGAAGAAAAUGGGGGAAAACCCCUGUGGGAAUCGUGAGUUGAGCGGUACUCGAACCCACGACUGGCAGCUCCACCACCCGGAGCACUUCCAAACGAGCUACGGCUCGUUCCCAUCUUGCAGUUUCAAGGUAGUGUUAGAUCAUGUCCUCAGUUCUUAUAUACUAGCUGUCUCUGCUUUACUUGAAUUUAGUUUCUCAAGCAUUUCUUCAAUGAUAGCGUAGCGGGCAUUGUUUCUAGCUGCAUAUGGCUGUUGUCAGCAGUUUGUUCUGAUGCACGUCAUGUACGCAACCAUUUGCGUGAAAGAUAAGUAAUGCUGUCGUUAUCCUA